UUGAAAUCUAUUCGAUUAAAAAAUGUUACUCAAUUUCUCGGUCAUAGAGUCGCUCAGUCUUCUUUGUUUUUUCCUGACCAUACAUCAAGACGAAGCAAAACUUGGGAAACACAACUCGAGCGGUGAACAUCGCCAUGUAAAAACGUUAAAAAAAGACUUUGCUAAACAUAAACCAAAUUUAAAUAAACUUCACGGAUCGAAGGUUGGGAUAACAAAGUCGGGAGAGAGAAGACAAUUUCUUGCCGUCGAAAAUGGGCAGCUACAAACGCAAUUAUCACAACAGGGAGGCGAAUCUUCAUCACAAACACAAGAAAUUGUAUCUAACUUGCCAACGGCGUCUUCUUUGAAUGGAAAUAUUGAGACCGAAACGAGACCUCUACCAAACAGACAAGACAUUUCAUCGAUCGGAAAUCUGCCUGCGGUGAAUUUAAACCCGCUUUCAAGCGCUACAAGUCCGUUAAUCGAAGGUGGUUUGACAGCGCCGAAUCUGCCGAAACUCGAUUAUAAUUUCUUGCCAAACGGAAUCGAGUUGGAAAAACAGACACCCGUGCCUUAUGACAAGCCAGAGUUUCGAUUGGUGCCGAAGUUAGUUCCUUUCCGCUACACAAAGAAACCAGAUGUUCAUGUAUCGCACAUCCAUUACCAUCAGGGAGUUAACCCAUGUCAAAAUGGCGGUCUGGUUGUCCAAUCUCCUGGUGGAUAUUCGUGUGUUUGUCGCAAGCAGUUCAGAGGAAAACAUUGCCAAGAAAAAGAUCAUUGUUUUCCCAAUCCGUGUAAAAAUGGCGGGAAUUGUAUCGAUCACGUUACACACUAUCGCUGUAAAUGUCCACAUAAAUAUCGCGGUUUAAAAUGUGAAAUUCUGAAUACCUGCGCAAAGAAUCCUUGCAAACACGGCGCGACUUGUUUGGAUCUUGCUAGUGGCCUUCGCUGUGUCUGCCCUGUUGGAUAUAAAGGAAGAUUCUGUGCAGACUUCGACUAUUGUAAUCCGAACCCGUGCAAAAAUGGCGCGAAAUGCGCAGAGAAAGGCCUAGGUAUCAUAUGUACGUGCACCAACGAAUACAAGGGAAAUAGAUGUGAAGUGAAGAAAGUUUGUGUUACUAAUCCCUGUCGUAACAAAGGAAAAUGCAACGAGGAUAAAUCAAGUUCACCUUGCGAGUGCGCUCAAGGUUUCACUGGAAAAUAUUGUGAAGAAAAUGUUUGCAAACCAAAUCCAUGUCUCAACAAAGGUGCUUGUUUAUUCAAGAAAUCUGAAGUCUCGUCCACGUGGCUUCCUGUCUGCCAGUGUCCUCUAACUUUCAAGGGAGACAAAUGUGAAAUCCCCAACCCGUGCGCGGCUAAACCCAGUCCCUGCAAACAUGGCAUGUGUUCUGACGCUUUCAAUGGUCGUCGUAUGGACCUCUUGUCUGAUCAUUACGUGUGCAUGUGUGAGAGGGGAUAUAUGGGACAGAAAUGUGACGUUCGUAUUUGUGACAAAUGUGAUAAAAAUGCAAAGUGUCUCAAUAAGGAAUGCGUUUGCAACGAUGGUUACGUUGGAAAGGGGCUCGAAUGCAAAAAGCUUCCAGAUCCCUGUAUCCCGAAUCCUUGCAAGAAUUUUGGCGUUUGUGUUCCCGUUAAAUCCUCCUACGAUUGUCGUUGUCCGUUCUCGUUUGUCGGAGCGAGAUGUGAACAGCAACUAUGAGGACGGUUAUGUCAAGUAUC